ACACACACAACAAAAAAUGUCAACCAAAAAAUCCCCAAUUACAAUUCAAAACCCUAAUAAAUCAUUCAUACUUUUUAUUAUUAUAACAAUUUUAUCUCUAAUUACACCAAUUAUCACUUCAAGAACAAUCCUUUCUAAACAUAAUAUAUCAUCAUCAUCAUCAUUAAUCACAUAUUUAUGGCCUUUACCUUCUGAACUCACUUCUGGUAACCAAACACUGACAGUGAACCCCAAUUUAUCCCUUUCGGUUUUCGGAAACGGGUCGAAUUCAGUUAUAGUUAAAGAUGCCUUUGAUAGAUAUAGGAAUAUUAUAUUUAAACAUCAUGUUGGUGAUAAGAAGUUAGUUGGUUAUGAUGUUAGUAAACUUAGUGUUGUUAUUAAUUCUAAUAAUGAAGAGCUUCAACUUGGAGUCGAUGAGAGUUAUACUUUGUUGGUGGUGAAAAAUAAUGGGCUUUCGAUUAUUGGAGAGGUUAAUAUUGAGGCAAACACGGUUUAUGGUGCAUUGCGGGGUUUAGAGACAUUCAGCCAAUUAUGUGGUUUCGAUUAUGGAACUAAAACUGUACAAAUAUACAAAGCACCAUGGUUUAUCAAAGACAAACCAAGAUUUGCCUUUCGUGGGCUUUUGCUUGAUACCUCAAGACAUUAUUACCCGAUAGAAAUAAUAAAGCAAAUAAUUGAUUCUAUGUCAUAUGCUAAACUUAAUGUUCUUCAUUGGCACAUUAUAGAUGAGCAAUCAUUUCCUUUAGAAGUACCUGCAUAUCCAAAGCUUUGGAAAGGUGCAUAUACAAAGUAUGAACGCUAUACUGUAGAGGAUGCUUCUGAAAUUGUUAGCUAUGCUAAAUCAAGAGGUAUCAAUGUUAUGGCAGAGAUUGAUGUUCCUGGUCAUGCGGAAUCAUGGGGUACCGGAUAUCCUGAUCUAUGGCCUUCAGCUUCCUGUAAAGAACCUCUGGAUGUUUCAAAGAAUUUCACUUUUGAGGUUCUUUCGGGAAUUUUAGAAGACAUGCGAGAGAUAUUUCCUUUCGAGCUCUUCCAUUUAGGAGGUGAUGAAGUCAAUACUGAUUGUUGGAGCUCUACCCCACAUGUGAAGCAAUGGCUUCAGGAGAUGAACAUGACGACUAAGGAUGCAUAUCAGUACUUUGUACUCAAAGCUCAAGAGUUGGCGAUAUCCAAGAACCGGACUCCUGUCAACUGGGAAGAAACUUUCAACACAUUUGGCGGAAAACUCAAUCCAAAAACAGUUGUACAUAACUGGUUGGGUGCUGGCGUUUGUCCAAAGGUGGUAGCACAUGGGUUAAAAUGCAUUUAUAGCAAUCAAGGGUUUUGGUAUCUUGAUCAUUUGGAUGUCACGUGGGAUGGGUUUUAUAAUGCUGAACCACUAGAAGGAAUAACUGAUGCUUCUGAACAGAAACUUGUUCUUGGUGGAGAAGUCUGUAUGUGGAGUGAGACUGCUGAUCCCUCAAAUGUUCAGGCAACAAUAUGGCCUCGUGCUGCAGCUGCUGCAGAGCGAUUGUGGACCUCACAGGAAGCCGCGCCAAUAGGCAACGAGAACGCAUUAACCCGGUUGCAGUACUUCAGGUGCCUGUUGACUAGGCGUGGUGUUCAAGCUAGCCCGGUUACUAAUAGUUAUGCUCGAAGCGCUCCAUAUGGUCCAGGAUCGUGCUAUGACCAAUAAGUCGAUACAAGUAUCGAAUUAGCGUUCUCGGAGUUGUAUAUACCAUUGAUCUACGGUUCCCACGGUCCAGGUGAAAAACAGUUGUAAUGCAUGAUCAUGGCUCACAGGUUCUGCAAUUGAGUUGAAUGUGGGUUUAUUUCGAAUUAAAGUUAGCAAAUGUGUGUUGGUGUGAACUGAGCUUUGAAUAUUGUACCUCUCUUUUCUUGUGAUUGAUGAUAUUGUAGAUGUAUUUGAUGGGCAAAUCCAUCUUUAUAUUCAUGAAUUUACAUUUUCUUGGACAUCUAAA